CCCGGCUCCGACACCGCAGUGCGCCCCUUAGGUGGCGACUGUAUCCCACGGGGUAUCGGUACCUGUGUGAGGCGAGGCGGACGCCAUGGCGGCCGAGGCCCUGGCGGCGGAUGCCGUGGCGUCGCGCCUGGCGCGGCAGGAGGAGGACAUUCGCUGGCUGUGGACGGAGGUCCACCGCCUGAGGGACGAGCAGCUGAACGCGCCCGACCGCUGCCAGGCCGAGGGGCCGUGCCUCACGCGCGAGGUGGCGCAGCUGCGGGCCGAGAACCGCGAGCUGCGCCACCGCCUGUACCGCCUGCGGCUGUGCCUCGCGGAGGAGCUGAGCCACCAGGCGCGGCGGGAGAGCGCGCUGCGGCAGGAGGCCGGUCGCACGGCCGCGGGCGCGCAGCCUCCUUCUAGUCAGAGCCAAGGAAAGGACAUUAAAAAGAAGGAAAGCGGGCCUGACAGUGAGGUGAAGAAUCCACCAAAUUUUGUGAAGGAAAGAUUGAAGCUUUUUGAAAUACUGAAGAAAGAUCAUCAGCUCUUACUUGCCAUUUAUGAAAAAAAGGGGAAUACAAGCAAUGUGAUCACAAUAAGAGUGGCUGAUGGGAAAACAGUGGAAGGAGAAGCUUGGAAAACAACACCUUACCAAGUGGCUGCUGAAAUUAGUCAGGAGCUGGCGGAAAGCACAGUGAUAGCCAAAGUGAAUGGGGAGCUGUGGGACCUGGACCGUCCACUGGAAGGGGACUCCACCCUAGAGCUGCUCAUGUUUGAGGACAAGGAAGCCCAAGCUGUGUACUGGCACUCCAGUGCCCACAUCCUCGGGGAAGCCCUGGAGCUCCACUACGGGGGCCUCCUGUGCUGCGGGCCACCCACCGACUGCGGGUUCUACUACGACAUGUUCCUCGAAGACAGGGCCGUGUCCAGCACAGAGCUGCCAGCGCUGGAGAGUGCGUGCGAGGCCAUCAUCAAAGAGCAGCAACCUUUCGAAAGGUUGGAAGUCAGAAAGGAGGCCCUGCUGGACCUGUUUAAGUACAAUAAAUUUAAAUGCCGCAUCCUGAAGGAGAAGAUUAACACGCCAAUGACCACAGUUUACAGGUGUGGUCCACUAGUUGACCUUUGUAAAGGCCCCCAUGUAAGACACACUGGAAAAAUUAAAGCGAUAAAAAUUUUCAAGAAUUCCUCAACAUAUUGGGAGGGUAACCCUGAAAUGGAAACGCUGCAGAGGGUCUACGGGAUAUCCUUUCCUGAUGACCAGAUGAUGACAGCCUGGGAGAAGCUGCAGGAGGAGGCCAAGACCCAGGAUCACAGGAGGAUUGGGAAGGAACAAGAACUUUUCUUUUUCCAUGAUCUGAGUCCUGGAAGCUGUUUCUUUCUUCCCAGAGGAGCCUUCAUUUAUAAUACACUUAUGGAUUUCAUACGAGAGGAGUACCACCAACGCAGCUUCAUGGAGGUGCUCUCCCCCAACGUGUACAGCAGUAAGCUCUGGGAAACCUCUGGACACUGGCAGCAUUGCAGUGACAACAUGUUCACCUUUGACAUUGACAAGGACACUUUUGCCCUUAAGCCCAUGAAUUGUCCGGGGCACUGUCUGAUGUUUGCCCAUCGUCCACGAUCUUGGAGGGAAAUGCCUAUUAGAUUUGCUGACUUCGGAGCUCUUCACAGGAAUGAGCCGUCAGGAACUUUGAGUGGCUUGACCUGCGUCAGGCGCUUCCAGCAGGAUGACGCUCACAUCUUCUGCACUGUGGAGCAGAUUGAAGAAGAAAUAAAAGGGUGUUUGCAGUUUUUUCAAUCCGUUUACUCAACAUUUGGCUUCUCUUUUCAAUUAAAUUUGUCAACAAGACCUGAGAACUUUCUAGGGGAGGUUGAGAUAUGGGAUGAAGCUGAAAAGCAACUACAGAAUAGCUUGAUGGAAUUUGGGAAACCAUGGAAGAUGAACCCGGGAGAUGGAGCAUUUUAUGGUCCUAAAAUUGAUAUAAAAAUCAAGGAUGCUAUUGGCAGAUACCAUCAGUGUGCGACAAUUCAGCUGGACUUCCAACUGCCUGUAAGAUUUAAUCUUACAUAUGUUAGUAAGGAUGGGGAUGAUAAGAAGAACCCUGUGAUCAUUCAUCGAGCCAUUUUGGGGUCAGUGGAAAGAAUGAUAGCCAUUCUCUCAGAAAACUAUGGAGGAAAAUGGCCUUUCUGGCUGUCUCCUCGUCAGGUAAUGGUCAUCCCUGUGGAGCCAACUUGUGAAAAAUAUGCACUUCAGGUAUCCACUGAAUUUUUUGAAGAAGGAUUCAUGGCUGAUGUUGACUUAGAUCAUAGUUGUACACUAAAUAAGAAAAUACGAAAUGCACAGCUGGAUCAGUAUAAUUUUAUUUUGGUGGUUGGAGAAAAGGAAAAGACAAAUAAUGCCGUAAAUGUUCGAACAAGAGACAACAAAAUUCAUGGAGAGAUUUCAGUAACUUCUGCCAUUGAUAAAUUGAAGAAUCUCAAGAAAUCACGUACCCUGAAUGCUGAGGAAGAAUUCUGAAGUCCUUUUCCUUGUGCUCACAUCUGUGUAACCUUGUUCUGAACCCUGAACAUGCAUUUUCCUUAAUUACCAUUCGUACUUCUUCUGAGAACUUGGGACCCACUGUCUGGUCCCCUGAUGGGCACAGUGAGAAGUGAGACGGGGAAUGAGUGGCUGAUAUGCACAAAAAUCUGAUUCACUAAUGUGUCUGCAGACAAUGAGAGGACAAGUGUGGGAAAUUUUAAAUUUCCCAAAUAUCUUGAGAGACUUCAAUGGGAAAAUGUCGAGCAUCAAAGAGGGAAAUACUAGGAAAUGAGCAUUAUGAGAUGUUAUUGUUAAGAAUUGUGAUUUUCACAAGAUAAGUUUCAAAUAAAAGUCUGCAAAGCUUUUUGAAUAUGGGGGGAAAUCUUAUUUUCUAAUAACAUUAUGUCUCAGGUAUUUUUAAACUCAAGUUUUACUAAAGUUCACACUGAAACUUUAUUUUUCUUAUUUUUGGCUACACCCCACAGCAUGUGGAACUUCCCUGACCAGGGAUCAAACCCAUGCCCCCUGAAGUGGAAACGUGGAGUCUUAACCUCUGGACCACCAGGGAGGUCCUGAAACUUUAUUUUCAAAAUCGGAAUCAAUUUGUUUUAACUAACCAACAAUCACAAAAGAAGAAGCUAGUACUAAAUAUUGGAUUACUAACAAAGGAUUCUGAACUCAAAGAAAUUCAGUGUUGUGCAAUCUUCUGUAGUUUCCACUAUAGGAUGAGUUGCCAUUUUAAUGCUUCUAAAUGACAAUUGAACCUUAUUUAUCUUUAGAAAAAAUAAACUCUCAAAAUGUGUUACGUAGUGCUUCCAGGGUUUCACCUAUAGGUUUAUACCAUAAUAAUUUGCUCCCCUAGAGUUAAAUUACUCUUCUGAUGGGAUGACAUUCCACUGACUUACAGACUCAAGUGGAUUUCUGAUUUUAACUGAGAGGAAUACCGUACUGCUCAGAACUGAAUUAAAAUGGCUUUAUGUCAGUAGUGAAUUUAGCUACCAAUCAAGCAGUAUUUUUUGUGUUUAUUUGGUUAUGUGCUGUGGAAUUCAAAAUAAAUUUAAGACCUACUCUCUCUUCUGUACACCCUUAUCAUUUAGCUUCCUGAAGAGUUGGAAGACAAAACAGUAGACCUGACCGUGAACAACAGGGGAUUGAACUGCACGGGUCCACUUACCCGUGGGUUUUUUUCAAUAGCAAAUACUAGAGUAUACACAAUCCUACCCGCAGUUGGUGGAAUCUAAGGAGGUGGAGUCACCGAUAGGGAAGAACCGAAUGAGGAGGGCCCGCUCUAAGUUACACUGCACCCCUCACCCCGAAGUCUUUCAAGGGUCAGGCCUGUGAGAUGCUAGAAGGUGCAGAUUGUGUCAUGUACCUGUUUAAGCUAACUUUAAUUGAGGCCAAGCACUAUUCGAUACAUUCCUUGAAUUAACCAAACGUGCUAGUGAGGCAGGGGGCGUCAGAAGACUCCCCAUCCCCACCCCAGGCGGGGAGAGGGAAGCCCGUGCGCAGCCCAGCACGAAGGUUACUGCGGUGGGAACAGGUGCGGAUCGCUGUGCCGGCCGCAGGGAGCCGCUGCAUGGGAGCAGCUCCCUCCCGGGGCGGGCCUCCUCCAGGGCGGUCUGGGGGCCUGAGAUCCGCGGCCGCACUUCAGUCCGGGCUCUCCCCGCCUUCGAGGAGCGUCUCUCAGGACUGGUUAAGACAUCCGGGCAGGGCGGGCCUGGAGAGACGCUCGCGGGACGCUGCCCGGGCCCUGGGGUCGCGGGGAGUGGGUCCUUGGGGGCCACCUGGCACACCUGGGGUCCUUACCGAGCAGUCUGGGCCAGUUUCCUCAUCUGUAAACAGGAGCCUUUUUAGUCUGACAAAAAUGUAACGUCGUCAAACCUCCGCACGGUACCAAGGGCACAGCAGCAGUUUUUGUCUCUAAACGUACAGAUCCGGCCACAGGUAAACAGCGGCCAACUUCCCACAUUUCCCCGCCUCUGCUCUCGAUCCCUCAGGUGUGACUUUCGGGGUCCUGGUGACCGU